CGCCCAAUGCCCUCCUAUCUCCUCGACUCGGCGCCGCCUCUCAAAUGUGGCGUUAUCGCUUCAGGCUAACAUCCCCCGAUCUCUGCAACCGGGCAUACCGGACUAGCCCGACCCGGCCCAGUCGCGCUGCCCACGCACCGGCCUCCGGACGUCCAAGAAAUUGUGCCAUCGUUUCACCCGACCCGAUGCAUGGUCCAGUGUCGAGUCGAUAGCAUAGCAUGGAGGAACUGCGAUGGCACGCCCGGGCCCAUAUUUUGGCAUCGUACUAUUCUCCUCUUGCUACUCUCUCAACACUGGAACAAGAUGCCGGACGGCGCUAUCGUCAGCAAGUUUAACUGGGUGUCGCUGUGCGACGAGGUCGACAAGAUCACGAACGACACCGAAUUCACCGAGGGCGAUUUUGAGAUCGUGUCGUCUGACAAUGUGCGCUUCAAGGUGCCCUCCUACCACCUCUUCGCUGCUUCCGCCGUGUUUGAGGGUGCUCAAGGCCUCGACAGUGACACCGAGCGCUCCAUCACGCUCUUCGACAGCACAAUUGAGACGGCCGAGGUCGUCCGUCUCUUCCUCCACCUUGUCGUGCACGGAAAAAUCGCCCUCGAGGGCUAUAUGCCGCACGUGAAGGAGCUCGUGCUCUUCCUCGGCAAGUGGGACUGCGAGCGCGCCAAGCGCCACCUCCUGGCCAAGCUCGAGAACGCGGUGCACCGCGGCGCCGUGCAGGCGCACAUCGCAUGGUUGGUCGGGGCGAACGCCGACGACCCCGAGAUCUGCCGCAUCGUCCUCGCAACAUACCCCGAUGCGACGUGGGUCGCACCGAAGGUCCAGGAUGGGAACCUGCUCUGGUCGACGCCAGGCGACUCGGCCUGGUCCCCGGCCAGCUGGAACCGCGGCUUCUGGGAGGACGCCCCUAAGAAGUACCUCUUUGCGCUCGCGCGCGCAUAUGGCAAGGGCGACUGCUCGAAGCUUGCGUCCGAGUUCGAGCGCUAUAUCAAGGUCAUCUCCGAGAUCUGAUCGCUUCGCGUCACGGCCAGGUGAUCUGCACGGCGUCGCUGGCGACGCCCACUCCAUCAUUUUCUGUUGUUAAUGCUUUUUUUGGGUUUUCAGUCUUCCCCGUCCAGCACGAGGAGAGGCUCUUUCUAGCAUGGUGUAUGUAACAAGUGAC